AUUGGUAGGAGGGAGGUCACGUGAGAGGCUGAGGCGGGCCAGACAUGCAGUCGGGGAGCCGAAGGAAGGUCAUGGAGGGAGCGGCCGCCGGGGAGAAGUUCAACCCCAACGAGCACCAGCAUGUCCGCUACAACCCUUUGCGGGAGGACUGGGUUCUGGUCUCAGCCCAUCGUAUGCGGCGCCCCUGGCAGGGGCAGGUGGAGAAGCCCCCCCAAGAGGACAUCCCACGCUGUGACUUGAACAACCCGCUCUGCCCGGGGGCCACCAGGGCCAAUGGAGAGGUCAAUCCCGAAUACGAGAGCACGUUCGUCUUUGACAACGAUUUCCCUGCGCUGCAGCCGGAUGCCCCCGAACCUGAUGCCGAUGACCACCCGUUGUUCCGUGCAGCGUCUGCUCGAGGCGUGUGCAAGGUCAUGUGCUUCCAUCCUUGGUCGGACCUUACACUGCCCCUCAUGUCACUCACCGAGAUCCGGGCUGUGAUUGACAAGUGGACGAAGAUCGCUGUGGAGUUGGGAGCCUCCUACCCCUGGGUCCAGAUCUUUGAGAACAAAGGAGCCAUGAUGGGCUGUUCCAACCCACAUCCGCAUUGCCAGAUCUGGGCCAGUAACUUCCUCCCCAACGAAGCCGCCCUGGAAGACCGGACCCAGCAGAAGCACCACCGGGAACGGGGCAUCCCCCUGCUCCUUGAAUACGCCCAGCUGGAGGCGGAGAGGAAGGAGCGGAUCGUGGUGGAGAAUGCGGAAUGGCUGGUGGUCGUCCCCUAUUGGGCAGUUUGGCCUUUCCAGACCCUGCUGCUUCCUCGGCGUCACGUGUCCCGUCUCCAGGACCUCCGCGACAGCGAGAGAGACAGCCUGGCGUCCAUCAUGCAGAGGCUGCUCACCAAGUACGACAACCUCUUCCAGGUCUCCUUUCCCUACUCCAUGGGCUGGCACGGGGCCCCGACAGGACCGUACUUGAACGCCGACUGCAGCCACUGGCAGCUGCACGCCCACUACUACCCGCCGUUGCUGCGUUCCGCCUCCGUCCGGAAGUUCAUGGUCGGUUACGAAAUGUUGGCUCAGGCUCAGAGGGACCUGACGCCAGAGCAGGCUGCUGAGCGCCUGAGAAACCUGCCCGAGGAGCACUACCGGCUGCAUCAGAGAGAAGCCGCAUAGGAAAGAGCCCAGCUGGGGACCUUGUGGGGUCGGGGCAGUUGGAGUCCACAGUAAUCCUUGCAGGUCCACCUCCCUGCUCUGAAUCGUCCCACGGAGGGGCUUUUUUUUGUCAUUUGCCGGGGCAGGGUUAUCGAGGGAUGCUUAAGCGGUAAUUGAGAUUGAGCUGGAAAGCCCCCUGCAGUGCUGAAACCAGGCCUCGUGACACUUAGGGCCUCUCUAGAACUUGCUGGAGCCUCUCUAGAAUUUCAUCAGCGGCUCCCUCAAGCUGCCGCAGUUCAGCCAAUGGGUCGGGAAUGAAUGCCUUUCCCACUUCGGAGUUUUGGGGAGCCCUGCCUAGAAGCCGUAGCCGCACGAGGUAACCGCCAAAGUCCUUUCCUCCGUCUUGCUGGAACGGCAGCGACUCGAGGGCUCUCCCUUGCCGCCUGGAACGAGAACCACGAAAGUUUGCAAGUCUCCGAGUUCCCGGGGCCUCGUUGCUCGGAUAAAACUCGCUUUAGAGAGGCCUUAACGCACGGGCCUGAUGGGCACUUGCCCGUGGGCGUCACGAGCAUAGGGGCCCCGUACUUACCUGUGUACGAGGCAGUACUUAUCGACCACUUACAUUUUUAUUCUUGGGAGUAGUUGUCGUAGGGGCUCUGUACGCUGCUUUGCCCGGGGCCCAUAAUGCUGUUAAGACGGCCCUGCGUCAGAGCAGAUUUUGAGUCCGGUGGUGCCUUUAGGAACAGAAAAGCUCACAGAUGUGCACCUCCUAGAGAAACUCUCACCCAGCUGCACGCUGGGCUCAGAAAUUGUUCUGCUGCUUCAGAUACCAUAGACCUUUAUUGGCAUUGAUAUAAGGGUACAGUAUACUUUAAAAACCAACAAUAACACUGUGGGAUAUAAUAAAACCUUAAAAAGAAAAAA